UCUUCCUUCUUCCUCUUUCUCUCUCUCUCUCUCUCUCUCUCUCUCCCCUCUCCGUCUCGCCUCCUCGACCUCACCUCCUCGUCGCCCAUUUCAGAUGGUGAAAUGCCCUUGAAGCUUAUGGUGGUUUGUCGCCAUGAAGUAGAAGCCAUGCCCUUUAUGGCUUUUACGGAAGGUGGUGUUUGACUUUGAAACAAAAACAAGUUUGAAUUUAUUUGGUUUAUUAAUUUUUAUAUUUAUUUAGAGAGCCUAAGAGGGUUUGGUGGUGCUGAGGAGGGUGUCCAAAUUAUUUGAUUGGAAGGGUCUGCAGAUUGAUGAGAUUUGGUGGGUUUGAGGAUUUGAUGCGGCCUCAUUCUUCCGUAAGGGCUUCAAUACUUCCUUAGUUUCAGUGAUGCAAAAAGUUAGAUUCUUUUUCUUCAACUAGUUUGAUAAAGUUAGAGGUCUUUGUUGAUGGGCUUGAAGAACUUCGGAUUUUCGAGCUUGUUUGUAGCUGAAUUCAGAUUGUUUGAGGAUUUCCCAUUUGGAUUUAGGCCUUCUUCUCGGCUCCAGGACGAGGAGGAGGUGAAUAGGGUGGUUUUGUGGGUGUAAAGCUGGGUUGGGAUUUGGUAUAAUUACUGGGGAGGAUGGAGGAAGAGGCGUAUUCUUGGAUUCGGAGAACGAAAUUUUCUCAUCGGUUUGAUUCUUCAAGAUUGGCCGCCCUUCCGUUAGCCCUGCAGGACGUCCGGAUAGCCGGAUUAAAGUCAAGGCCUGCACCGGCAGCGGUGGCAGAAGCGGAAGCAGCUCCUUCGAAGCAGAAAUCGAGUUCCAGUAAUUCAAAGAUUCAGAGGAAUUCUGUUCAUACGCCGGUUAGGCGAAAUCUUCUUACCAACAAGCAGAGAUCUUUGUCCCCUGUGCGUCAGAUCCACAUCUCCGAUGCGUUUAAGGAAGCCAAGUCUGAUACGAAGAGGUUUUCGACACCACAUCCUAAGAGAAAGGGGUUGGGAAGGUUGUUCGGUAAGGAUUCGCACAGUAAGUCAUCGAAUUCGAUGAAUACGAGCCCCCUCAGGCACUUGGCUUCUAUGAAAGUCAAUGACAAGACGAAGAGCCGGAAGGAGUCGCCUUGGGCCAAGUACUUUGAUCAUGCCGGCGGGAGAGUCAAUGCCGUGGACGCUGCCGAUGAAUUUUGCGUUGAUUUGUCGAAGCUGUUUCUUGGGCUUAAAUUUGCUCAUGGGGCGCAUAGCAGGCUUUACCAUGGUAUCUACAAUGACAAAGCUGUUGCUGUUAAGAUUAUCAGGGUGCCGGAGGAUGACGAAGGCGGGGUGUUGGCAGCUCGAUUGGAGAAACAGUUUAACAGAGAAGUCACUCUUCUAUCUCGUCUCCACCAUUCGAACGUCAUAAAGUUCAUUGCAGCGUGCAGAAAGCCACCGGUUUAUUGUGUAGUCACGGAAUAUCUAUCAGAGGGUUCCUUGAGGGCAUAUCUGCACAAGCUUGAGGAAAAAUCUCUUCCUCUGGAGAAACUGGUUGCUAUUGCCUUGGACAUUGCUCGGGGAAUGGAAUACAUCCACUCGCAAGGAGUCACUCAUCGGGACCUUAAGCCCGAAAAUGUUCUUAUUGAUGAAGAAUUCCACCUGAAAAUUGCUGAUUUUGGCAUAGCCUGUGAGGAGGCGUACUGUGAUUCGUUGGCCGACGACCCUGGGACAUACCGUUGGAUGGCCCCAGAGAUGAUCAAGCGUAAAUCCUAUGGACGGAAGGUUGACGUGUACGGCUUUGGACUCGUCCUGUGGGAAAUGGUAGCCGGAGCAAUCCCCUACGAGGAUAUGAAUCCCAUUCAGGCUGCUUUUGCUGUUGUGAACAAGAAUUUGAGGCCUGUUAUCCCCAAGGGUUGCCCAUCUGCAAUGCGGGCGUUGAUCGAGCAAUGCUGGUCCUUGCAUCCGGAGAAAAGGCCCGAGUUUCCGCAGGUCGUAAAGGCAUUGGAGCAAUUCGAGUCUUCCCUCGCCCGUGACGGAACCUUGAAUCAUGUAACAAGUCCAAUCUGCCAAGAUCACAAGAAGGGGAAGCUCCUUCACCGGAUUCAGAAGCUUGGUCCUGUGCAUCCUCAUAGCACACCAACGCCUAAACCCAAGUUCUCUUGAAUCAUCCAUCCUUCUUGUGAGACCUCCUGGCUUUUGUAGCGUCACCAGGUCAAAAUUGUAAUUAAAAAAAAGGUUCGUUUUCUCUUAAGCCUUUUGAUUUGUAAUCUUCUGUGAUGUCACAUUCACGUUGAACAAGUGGAAUUGAAUUAAUAGAUUGAUAGGCAAAUAUAUAUUUUUUAUAUUAUACACGUACA